GAGUGAGGGAAAGUGGUGAGGAAGAGGAGAGCCAGAGAGCGCUCGGAGCUGCCACCAGAUGGAUCUUCGGCGAGCUAGUGGGAGCUCCACGUAUCACCAUGCCGACAUUUGGACUACCUAAAGUACCCAGCAAACCUCCCAAGCUUCGGGAUUAAUCUUUAUUUCUUUAGGAGAGGGAAAAAAAGGUGGUACGGCAGCGGCGCGAAAAGGUACGAUGAUGGGCCGGUGGGCGCUUUGGUCGGCCUCGCUGCUCCUGCAGCUGGUCUGGACGGCGGGGGCCGCCUCCCUGCGCUUCACGCAGCCCGUUUACAACGCCACCAUCUACGAGAACUCCGCCGCCAAGACCUACCUCGAGAGCCAAAUCAAGAUGGGCGUCUACGUCAGCGAGCCCGCCUGGGAAAUCCGCUACAAAAUCAUCUCCGGGGACAACGAGAACUUGUUCAAGGCCGAGGACUACCUGUUGGGAGAUUUUAGCUUUUUGCGCAUCAGAACCAAAGGGGGCAGCACGGCCAUUCUCAACCGGGAGGUUCGAGACCACUACGUGCUGACAGUGAAAGCCACCGAGAGGAGCACCGACGCGGAGUGCCGCGCGCAGGUGGCCGUGCGGGUGCUCGACACCAACGAUCUGAGACCUCUCUUCUCGCCCACGUCGUACAGCAUCUCCUUGGCCGAAAACACGGCCGUUCGCAGCAGCGUGGCCAAGGUGACGGCGACGGACGCCGACAUCGGGACCAACGGGGAGUACUAUUACAGUUUCCGCGAGUGGACGGACACGUUCGCCGUGCACCCCACCAGCGGCGUGGUGACGCUCACCGGCCGGCUGGACUACUCCGAGACCAAGCUUUACGAGUUGGAGAUCCUGGCGGUGGACCGCGGCAUGAAGCUAUACGGCAGUAGCGGCUUCAGCAGCACGGCCAAGCUGACGGUGCGAGUGGAGCAAGCCAACGAGAACGCGCCCGCCGUCACCGCCGUGGCCCUGGCGCCCUCCGACGCCUCCCCCGACCCCACCUACGCCAUCGUGACGGUGGAGGACGCCGACCAGGGAGCCAACGGGGAGAUCGCGUCCCUCGGCAUCGUUGCCGGCGACCCGCUCCAGCAGUUCCGAGCCGUGAGAACCGGCCCGGGGAGCAAGGAGUAUAAAAUCAAAGCAGUGAAGGACGUGGACUGGGAGAGCCAGCCGUUUGGAUUUAAUCUCACUCUGCAGGCAAAGGACAAGGGCAGCCCGCCUCAGUUUUCAUCCGCCAAAUUGGUCCACGUCGCCUCGCCUCGGUUCAAAACGGGACCGCCUGUUUUUGAGAAGGCUCUUUACAGGGUCAACUUGAGCGAAUUCGCCCCACUUCACACGCCUGUCGUCAUGGUGACGGCUCUCCCGAAGCAGCCCCAGCCCAAAUAUGCUUUUAGCCGCAAAUCGGAGCUGUUCACCAUCAACCCCGACACGGGCUUGAUCAGCACGGCGGCGCCCAUCGGCGCCAACGCGGCCCCUCGUUUCCAGCUGGAUGUGACGGCCGGCGGCGGGAGAGCGGCCACCAAAGUCGUCGUGGAUGUAACGGACGUGAACGACAACGCGCCCGAGUUCCGGCAGACGUCGUACAAGGCCGGUGUUGACGAAAACGCCCCCGUCGGCACCAGCGUGGUGACGGUCCAGGCCGCGGACCUGGACCGAGGCGAGAACGGCUACGUGACGUACAGCAUCACCAACGUCCAGCCGCAGCCCUUUGUCAUCGACUACUUCUCCGGCGUGAUCAGCACCUCGGAGCUGCUCGAUUACGAGCUCAUGCCCCGGAUUUACAGUCUUAAAGUCCGAGCCUCGGACUGGGGCUCCCCCUUUCGGCGGGAGGCAGAAGCGCUCGUCACCGUGACCUUGAACAACCUCAACGACAACGAGCCGCUGUUCGAGAACGUGGACUGCGACGUGACCGUGCCGAGAGACCACGGCGUGGGCGAGCAGAUAACCACCGUGUCGGCCAUCGACGCCGACGAGCUGCAGCUGGUGCGCUACUACAUCAAAUCGGGCGACGAGCUGGAUCUCUUUGAGCUCAACGCAAACUCGGGCGUGCUUUCCCUCAAGAACACGCUGAGCGAAGGCGAGGCGGCCAAAAGGUCCUUCCACAGUUUGCAGAUCGUGGCCAGCGACGGCGAACGGGAAACCCGACCCAUGUACAUGAACGUGACGGUCAUCACCGCCCGCAUGCCCGUGCAGGUCAAGUGCGUGGAAACGGGCGUGGCCACCAUGUUGGCCGAGAAGCUGCUCCAGGGAAGCAAGGUGCACACUCAGGCCGAGCCCGACGACCACUUUGCCGACAUCCACUCCAUCAACAGGCACGCGCCGCGCUUCGCCGAGUCCUUCCCUGGCUCAGUGGAGGUCAGGGAGGACCUCCCCGUCGGGGGUCGCGUCGCUCAUUUAGGCGCCAUCGACGGCGACAGCGGCUUCAACGGGAAGCUCGUCUACGUCGUCUCGGGAGGCGACACCGAGAGUCACUUUGUGGCCGAAAUGGAGACAGGCUGGCUUUUGGUCUAUUCGCCUCUCGACAGGGAGACAAAAGAUCACUACACGCUCAACGUCACCGUCUACGACCUUGGCGUUCCGCAAAAGUCCUCUUCGCGCCUCCUCGACGUUAAGAUCUUGGACGCCAACGACAACAGCCCGCAGUUUUUAAAGGACUCGUACUCGGCGGAGAUAAGCGAGAGCACUCCGGUGGGCACGGAAAUCAUCCAGGUGGACUCCACGGAUAAGGAUCAAGGGGAGAACGGCGCGGUCAGGUACUCCAUUUUGGGCGGCACCGAUCACUUCGCCAUCAACGCCGAGUCCGGCGUGGUGACCGUCACCAAGCCUCUGGACCGCGAGCUGCGUCCCGUGUACGACUUGAAGGUCACGGCCCGCGACCUGGCCGAGAACGAGCCCCAGCGCGUGUCCGCCGUCCCGCUCAGGAUCACUCUGGAGGACGUCAAUGACAACCCGCCCAAAUUCCUGCCCCCGAAUUACCGCGUCAAGGUGCGGGAGGACCUCCCCGUGGGAACAGUGGUCAUGUGGCUGGAGGCCCACGACCCCGACGUGGGGCCAUCCAGUCAGAUCCGCUACGGCCUGAUGGACAACGGCGACGGCCACUUUGAAGUGGACAAACUGAGCGGGGCCGUGCGGAUCGUGCAGAGCUUGGACUACGAGAGCAAGCAGGUGUACAACCUGACGGCCAAGGCCAAAGACAAAGGCAAGCCCAUCUCGUUGUCGUCCACUUGCUUCGUGGAGGUGGACGUGGUGGAUGUCAACGAGAAUCUCUACCGGCCUUUGUUCCGCUCCUUUGUGGAGAAGGGAUUUAUCAAGGAGGACGCCGCCGUCGGGACUUCCGUCAUGACGCUCGUGGCCGAGGACGACGACAAAGGCCGAGACGGGGAGAUCCGCUACUCCAUCCGGGACGGCUCCGGCCUAGGGAUAUUCACCAUUGAUGAAGAAACCGGCAUCAUCCGGACGCAAGAGCUCCUGGACCACGAGACCACUCCCCACUACUGGCUGACGGUCUACGCCAUGGAUCGAGGCGUGGUUCCGCUUUCCGCCUUCGUGGAGGUCUACAUCGAAGUCCAGGACGUCAACGACAACGCGCCGCAAGCGUCAGAACCCAUCUACUACCCGUCCGUGAUGGAGAACUCACCCAAGGACGUGUCCAUCAUCCAGAUAGACGCCGUGGACCCGGAUGCUAAGUCUAGCGAAAAGCUCACCUACAAGAUCACCAGCGGGAAUCCGCAAGGCUUCUUUGCCAUCAAUUCCAGAACAGGCCUUGUUACGACGACGUCAAGGAAGCUGGACAGAGAGCAACAGGAUGAGCACAUUCUUGAGGUCACCAUCUCCGACCACGGCGUUCCGGCCAAAUCCACCACGGUGCGCGUCAUCGUGCGUGUGCUGGACGAGAACGACAACCGUCCGCUCUUCCUGGAGAAGAUCUACAAGAUCAAGCUUCCCGAGCGCGAGCGGGUCCCCGAGAAAGAGCGUCCCGCCGCCCGGAGAGACCCCGUGUACCGCGUCUUGGCCUCCGACCGCGACCACGGCGCCAACGCCGAGAUCUCGUACAGCGUGGAGGAGGGCGACGAGCACGGCAAGUUCUUCAUCGAACCCAAGACGGGAGCCGUGUCAUCCAAGAAGUUCUCGUCGGCUGGGGAGUACGACAUCCUCACGAUCAAAGCGGUGGACAACGGGCGCCCUCAGAAGUCGUCCACGUGUCGCCUUCACAUCGAGUGGAUCCCCAAACCGGAGAUUCGGGCCGACGCCGCCCCGCUGGUCUUCGAGGAGUCGCCCUUUUCUUUUUCCGUGAUGGAAAGCGACCCCGUGGCGCACAUGGUGGGCGUCGUGGCCACCGAGGCGUCGGACAUUCCCGUGUGGUUCGAGAUCACAGGCGGAAACUACGACAGCCGCUUUGACGUGGGCAAGGCCAGCGGCACCAUUAUUGUGGCGAGGCCGCUGGAUGCAGAGCAGAAGUCCAACUACAACCUGACGGUGGACGCCACGGACGGGACCAGGACGGUUAGCACACAGGUGCUCAUCCGCGUCAUCGAUACCAACAACCACCGGCCCGAGUUCUCCCGCGCCAAGUACGAAGUCAGCGUGCCCGAGGACGUGCCGGUGGGAAGCGAAGUGCUCCGUGUGGACGCCACGGACCAGGACGAAAAGAACAAGUUGACCUUCACCCUGCUGAGCAGCACCGACCCCUUCAGCUUGAAGAAGUUCAAGUUGGAUCCGGGCACGGGCACGCUGUUCACCGCCGAACCUCUGGAUCACGAGACCAUGCGCAGCCACGUCCUCACAGUGAUGGUACGCGACCAGGACAUCCCAGUGAAACGCAACCUGGUGCGUGUGGUGGUCAACGUCGAAGACGCCAACGACAACGCGCCGUGGUUUGUCGGCACGCCCUACUCGGGCCGCGCGUUCGAGUCCGCCGCCGUCGGCUCGGCCGUGCUGCAGGUCACGGCUCUGGACAAAGACAAAGGUCGCAACGCCGAGGUCGUCUACAGCAUCGAGUCAGGAAACGUGGCAAAUUCCUUUGCCGUGGAUUCCGUCUUGGGCACGAUCACAGUGGCCAAAGAACUCAGUCGAAGUGGCAAGACCCGCUUCGAGCUGACCGUCAAGGCAACCGACGGCGGUGCCACGGCGCUGUCCACCACCGCCGUCGUCCACAUCGCCGUGACCGUCUCGGACAACGCUGCCCCCAGGUUCUCCGAGAAGGCCUUCUCCGCCGACAUCAGCGAGGCGGCCGCUCCGGGGAGCUUCGUGAGCUCGCUGGAAGCCGUCAGCCAGUCGUCGGUUUUCUACCAAAUCAAAAGCGGCAACACGGACAACGCCUUUGACAUCAACCCUAAUUCGGGCGUGGUGGUCACGCAGAAAGAGCUGGACUACGAGGUGACCCCGCAGUACAAGCUGCUGGUCCAGGGCACCAACAUGGCCGGACUCGCCAGCAAUACCACUCUGGUGAUUCACCUGAAGGACGAGAACGACAACGCCCCCCGUUUCCUCCAGCCGGAGUUCCAAGGCGUGGUCAGCGAGUCUGCUGCCGUCAACAGCGUGGUUCUCACUCGAGAAAACGCUCCCUUCGUCAUCCGUGCCUCGGACCCCGACAGCGACCGCAACGCCAUGUUGGUCUAUCAGAUCGUGGAGCCCUUCGCCCUCAAUUACUUUGCCGUUGACUCCAGCACCGGCGCCGUCAGGAUCACAACCGCUUUGGAUCGCGAGCAGAGGAGCCUUUAUCGCUUUACGGUGCAGGUCCACGAUCUGGGCAUACCGCGGCUCUUCGCAGAGACGGCGGCCAACGUGACCAUCGAGGUCAUCGACGUCAACGACUGCCCGCCGCUUUUCAGCCGGGACGUCUACGAGGCCACCGUGGCGGUGCCGACUUACAGAGGCGUGGAAGUGGUCCGAGUCGAUGCCACUGACUUGGACUCGGGACCCAAUGCCAAGCUUCUGUUUUCCAUUUCCGAAGGCAACAUCGGCGACAAGUUCAGGGUAGACGCAAACACCGGCGUGAUCUCCAUCCAGAAUGUCACCCAGCUGAGGAGCCGCUACGAGCUCAAGGUCAGGGUUUCGGACGGGAGGUUCGCCAACGUCGCCGGCGUCAAGAUCCACAUGAAGGAGAACAAAGAGAGCAAGGUGAAGUUCACCAGAGAGUCCUACAGAGCUUCGGUCCCAGAGAACUUGUCGGAGAAGAGAUCGUUGGAAGUCAUCGCCGCUGUCGGUAACCAAGUCAACGAGCCUCUGUUCUACAAAAUCCUAAAUCCCGACAAACGUUUUGAAAUCGGAAGGACGUCGGGGGUGGUCGCCACCACCGGGAUCCCGUUCGAUCGCGAGAAGCAGGACACGUUUGACGUCGUGGUCGAGGUGACCAAGGAGGAGCCAUCCGAAGACGCCGCCCAUGUUGUUUUGACGGUGACGGUGGAGGACGCCAAUGACAACGCGCCUGUCUUUGUCAACCUCCCGUACGCCGCCGUGGUGCAGAUGGACGCCGAGGAAGGACAACUGGUGCGACAGGUCACAGCGGUGGACAAGGACCACGGUCGCAAUGCGCAAAUACGUUACAAACUCAAAGAGCCUCAGGAGCACUUUGACAUCAUGCCCACGGGAGAAAUCACCAUCAAGAAGACGCUGGAGAAAGAAUCGCUUAACGCCGAUUUUGUCGUGGUCGUCGUGGCGACAGACGGCGGCGAUCCGCCGUUGUCGGCGGAAACGGAGGUUCCCGUUACCGUGGUGAACCGAGCCGUCCCCGUUUUUGAGAAAGCCUUUUACACUGUGGAAAUCCCCGAGAAUGUCCAGGUGCACACACCCGUUCUCCACGUCCAGGCCAGUGACUCGGAGGGGCCUCGUAUUGUUUAUAGCAUCUCCGAGGGGGACCCCUUCAAGCAGUUCUCCAUUGACUUCAACACGGGGGUCCUUCACGUGGCUCAGCCUCUGGAUUUUGAGACGCACCCAGCCUAUAAAUUGAACGUCAGGGCCACCGACGCGCUGACCGGUGUGCACUCGGAUGUAUUCGUGGACGUCAUCCUGGAAGACGUCAAUGACAACUCGCCCGUCUUUCUGUCAAAUUCCUACUACGCCGCCAUCUCGGAGGCGUCGGCUAUCGGUACGUCCGUCCUGCAAGUCGAGGCCACUGAUUUCGACACGGACCACAAUCAGGAAAUCUUCUUCCAGUUGGUGGAGGAGAAGGGGAAAAGCUCAAAUUUGUUUGCUGUCCAUCGCGACACGGGACUCAUCUCCACGGCGCGAGUACUGGAUCACGAGGAGAGCCCGCAACACCGACUGAGAGUCCGCGCCACGGACGGAGGAGUCCCCGCCCUCUUCAGCGACGUGGUGGUGACGGUGGACGUCACGGACCUGAACGACAACGCGCCCGCGUUCGCCGAGCCGGCCUACAAGGCGGCCGUCAGCGAGUUGGCCUCACGCGGACACUUUGUCACCCAAGUCCAAGCCUCGGACGCCGAUAGCUCCGACGCGGACAAGCUGGAGUUUGCCAUUGUCUCCGGGAACGAGGACCAGACUUUCGCCGUUGAUAAGAAAAGCGGCGCCAUCGUCAUUUCCAACCACCGCCGGCCGCAAAUGCAGCCGCGCUACCACCUCAACGUGUCCGUGUCGGACGGCGUUUAUCGGAGCUCGGCCCCGGUGGACGUCGCCGUCAUCGGCGCCAACUUCCACAUCCCCGCCUUCGCUCGGUCGGAAUACGCCGUGGAGUUGGUGGAAAACUCCCCCGCCGGCACUUUGGUAGCCGAGGCCAAAGCGACGGACGACGACGAAGGCAUCUACGGGCAAAUCACGUACCGCAUCGUCAACAGCGUGGCCAAGGACAAAUUCACCGUGGACGAAAACGGCGACGUCUUCACCUUGGAGAGCCUGGACCGCGACAGCAGCGUGGAGAAGGUCAUUCCCAUCUCUCUGGAGGCCAGAGAUGGUGGCGGUAAGGUGGGCUUUUGUACCGUCAACGUGGUCCUCACCGACGUCAACGACAACGCGCCGCAGUUCAGGGCGGCCGAGUACAAAGUCACCAUCGCCUCGGACGCCCCGAGGGGCGCAUCGGUGGUGAAGAUCGCCGCCUCUGACGUCGACGAGGGAAGCAACGCCGACGUGGAGUACUCCGUCGAAGCCGACGUGGAGAACGUGGCGGAGAACUUUGAAAUUCACCCGACGUCCGGGGUCAUCGUGACCAAAGAAAGCCUGAUUGGUCUCGAGGGCGAGCUCUAUGCGUUUUUCGUCCGGGCCAAAGACACCGGAAACCCGCCGAAACAUUCAGUGGUGCAGGUUUACAUCCAGAUUGUUGCGCCUGAGACGCCCAUCCCCAAGUUCGCCGAGCCUCAAUACCGCUACACCGUGGCCGAGGACCUUCCCAUCGGCACGGAGAUCGACGUGCUUCGGGCCGAAAGCGAACGGCCGCUUGCGUACAGCCUCAUCAACGGCAACACUCCAGAGAGCAACGAGAACGAGGUCUUCGUCGUGGACAGGGACACCGGCGCCCUGAAACUCCAGAAGAGCCUGGACCACGAGACCACCAAAUGGUACCAGCUCACCUUGCGGGCACAAGCUCAGCACAACGGCUACGACGUCGCCGCUUCCGUCAGCGUCAACAUCCAAGUGAAAGAUCUCAACGACAACCAGCCGGUCUUUGAAUCGGACCCUUACCAGGCCGUGGUGGUGGAGAACCUCCCUGGCGGAGCGCAGGUGGUGCAAGUCAAAGCCAGCGACCUGGACUCAGGUACCAAUGGCCUGGUUCUGUACAGCCUGGACGCCAAGCUCAACUCCCAGGACAUCGCCGAGCUCUUCGCCAUCAAUGCCGAAAGUGGCUGGUUGAGCACCCUCAAGGAGCUGGACCGCGAAAAGCGCAGCGAGUACUCGGUGGCCGUCGUCGCCACCGAUCAGGGCGACAAAGUACAACACGCGACGGGCACGCGGGUGGAGGUGACGGUGGCCGACGUCAACGACAACCCGCCCCGCUUCACGGCCGAGGUCUACAAGGGCACGGUCAGCGAGGACGACCCUCUGCCCAGCGGCGUCAUCGCCAUCCUCAGCACCACCGACGACGACUCGGAGGACAUUAACAGACAAGUCAACUAUUUCAUUACCGCCGGAGACCCUCUGGGACAGUUUGCCAUUGAGCAUGUGCAGAACGAAUGGAAGGUGUCGGUCAGGAAGCCUCUGGACCGCGAGACCACCGACUAUUAUCUGCUCAACGUCACGGCCAGCGACGGCAUCUUUACAACCAAAGCUGUGGUUGAGGUCAAAGUGUUGGACGCCAACGACAACAGCCCCGUGUGUGAUAAGUCUCUGUACAGUGAAAGCGUUCCCGAGAACUCGCCAGCCAGCAGACUCAUCCUGCAAGUCUCAGCCACCGACGCCGAUAUCCGAUCCAACGCGCAAAUCUCCUACGAACUCCAGGGAGCCGGCUCGGAACUUUUCUUGAUCGAUCCUGACACGGGCGAGCUGAAGACGCUGAAGCCCCUGGACCGCGAGGAACGCGACGAGCAUCGCUUCAAAGUGCGAGCGGUGGACGGCGGGGGGCGCUUCUGCGAGGCCGACGUUCACGUGGCCGUGCGCGACGUCAACGACAACGCUCCCGAGUUCGCCGCCGACCCGUACGCCUUCACCGUCUUCGAGAACACCGAGACGGGAACCUUCGUGGCCAAGCUACAAGCCGACGACGCCGACAGCGGGCUCAAUGGAGACGUGGUCUACUCGCUGCUGGGCUCUGGCGACGGUUGGUUCUCCAUAGACGAAGUGAGCGGAAUCAUCAGCCUGGAGCGGCCGCUGGACCGCGAGACGCGGGCCCUGUACGAGCUGGAGGCCCGCGCCACCGAUCGGGGCUCGCCACGCCUGUGGGCCACAUGCCGCGUUCUGGUCUCCGUGCUUGACAUCAACGACAACCCGCCCGUGUUUGAGCGGCGCGAGUACGCAGCCGCCGUACCCGAGGACGCGGCCGUGGGCGGACAAGUGCUCAGGGUACAGGCCGCCAGUCGGGACGCGGAUGCCAAUGGGGAGAUUGGAUACAGUAUCGUCAGCGGAAACGAGCACGGGGUGUUCAGCGUGGACCCGAGCACAGGCGACAUCUUUGUGAUUGCGCCGCUGGACUACGAGACGUCUCACGAGUACUACAUCACGGUGGAGGCCACCGACGGAGGCUCCCCGCCCCUCAGCGACAUGGCCACUGUCAACAUCAACGUGACGGACGUCAACGACAACGCGCCCGUCUUCAGUCAGCGCGUCUACGCCGCUGUCGUCGGCGAGGACGCCGAGCUGGGCAGGACAGUCUUGACGGUGGUGGCCGAGGACGCGGACGGGCCGUCGUACAACCGCGUGCGCUACGCCAUCGUGGACGGCAACAGCGGCAGCCCCUUCAUCAUCGACCCCGUUCGAGGCGAGCUCAAAGUGGCCCGCCAGCUGGACCGGGAGCAGACGUCGGGCUACACGCUGAAGGUGCUAGUCGUGGACAACGGCACGCCGCCGCUGUCCGCCAGUGCCGUGGUCAACGUGGACAUUUCCGACGUCAACGACAACCCGCCGCUCUUCUCCCAGGCUAACUACAGCCUCAUUAUCCAGGAGAACCAAGUUCAGGACAGCAGCGUUCUGCAGCUCCUGGUGUCCGACCGGGACGCCUCCCACAACGGGCCGCCCUUCAUUUUCUCCAUCGCCGGCGGCAACACAGGCGACGUCUUCCGCAUCGACCCGAACGGCGCGCUGCUCUUGGCGGGGCCGCUCAACAAGAACGUGAAGGAACACUACCUGCUUCAAGCACAGGUGUCUGACAGCGGCAAACCGGCGCUCUCCUCAAGUGCCUACAUCGGCAUCCGCAUCAUCGAGGAAAGCGUUUAUCCGCCCGCCAUCCUCCCGCUCGACGUUUUCGUGUCCACGGCCGGCGAGGAAUACGCGGGCGGCGUCCUGGGCAAAAUCCACGCCACCGAUCAGGACGUCUACGACACGCUGACGUACAGCCUGGCCCCUUCCUCCGCCGCGUCCUCGCAAUCCUUCUCCGUGUCGGCGUCAGACGGGAAAGUCAUCGCCCUGCGGCCGCUGGACGCCGGCCACUACCCGCUCAACGUGACGGUGACCGACGGGCGCUUCACCGCGGCCGCCGACGUCAACGUUCACGUGCGGCAGGUGGCCCGCCAGGCGCUGGACAACUCUAUCGCCGUGCGCUUCGCCAGCAUCGCCCCCGAGGAGUUCAUCGGAGACUACUGGCGCAACUUCCAGAGGGCGCUGAGGAACAUCGCCGGCGUGAGGAGGAGCGACGUGCAGCUGGUCAGCCUGCAGCCGUCCGAGCAGGGAGACCUCGAUGUCCUGCUGGCGCUGGAAAGAUCUGGAAGCCCUUACCAGUCUCAGGAGGUGGUCUUCCGCAAGCUGAACUCGUCGGCGAGCGUCAUCGAGGAGAUGACGGGGGUGCGCAUCGUGCGCGUGGCUCAGAAGCUUUGCUCGGGCAUGGACUGCCCGCUGCGUUUCUGCGACGAGGUGGUCUCGCUGGACAGGACGUCCAUGUCCACCUACAGCACGGCGCGCCUCAGCUUCGUCACGCCCAGACACCACAGACAUGCCACCUGCCAGUGUGAAGGUGGCACAUGUCCCGUGCUGAACAACGUGUGUGAUCACAGCCCUUGUCCGGAGGGCUUGGACUGUGUGGCUGACGUGCACACAGACGCCAAGUACACGUGUGUGUGUCCUCCAGGGAACAAAAACAAAUGUUCCGACGGCCACUCGUUGACGUUCAGCGGCAGCGGCUACGUCAAGUACCACCUGAUGGAGAACGACAACAAGGAGCAGAUGAAGCUGUCCCUGCGCCUGCGCACCUUCUCCGGACACGCCACCGUCAUGUUCGCCAAGGGCACCGACUACAGCAUCCUCGAGAUUUUGAACGGUCGCUUGCAGUACAAGUUCGACUGCGGCAGCGGCCCCGGCUUAGUGUCGGUCCACAGCGCCACAGUCAACGACGGCGAGUGGCACUCGGUCUCCCUGGAGGUGGACGGCAACUACGCCAAGCUGGUGCUGGAUCGCGUGCACGCCGCCUCGGGAACGGCGCCGGGAAACCUGCGAACCCUCAACCUGGACAACAGCAUCUACUUUGGCGGCCACGUCCGCCAGCACGCAGCCUCGGCCGCCCGCCACGGACGCAACCUACCCGUGACCAACGGCUUCCGUGGCUGCAUGGAGGCCAUGACGCUCAACGGCCAGGAGCUGCCCCUCAACACCAAGGCGCGGCGGGCGCACGCCGUCAUGGAGGCCAUCGAGGACGUGGCGGCCGGUUGCGCCCUCGCACCGCCAGAGAGCUGCUCCAGCAAUCCUUGUGGCAACGGUGGGGUGUGCAACCCCAGGCCGAAUGGAGGCUACUUGUGCAAGUGUCCCGCCGCUUUCAUGGGCGCCCACUGCGAGAUGGCCGUCAGCCCCUGCGCCUCCAACCCGUGCUUAUACGGUGGCACGUGCGUACCCCGCGGGGACGACUUCUACUGCCAGUGCAGGGGGCAGUACUCAGGUCAAAGGUGCCAGAUGGGUUCGUUUUGCACGGAGAACCCGUGCAAAAACAGCGGCAAGUGUAUCGACAGUCUGGACGGGCCGGUGUGCGAGUGCGAAGCCGCUUUCCAAGGAGAAUGGUGCCUGAACGACGUGGACGAAUGCUUGAGGAGCCCGUGCUCCAACGGCGGCCGCUGCCACAACACGUACGGCUCAUACGAGUGCAACUGCUCUCUGGGCUUCGGCGGCCCAACGUGCGAUCUGGCCGCCGACGUCCGCAACGACUUUGUGUCUACCUCGUGGAACAUCGGCCUGGAGGAGGUGGUGGGCAUCGUGAUCUUUGUCUCCAGCAUCUUCAUCCUGGUGCUCUUCUUCGUCCUCCUGCGCAAGAAGGCGUGCCGCGCUAAGUCCAAGACGGAGGACGACGACAAGCGAGGCGGUUCCGGCGUGCCGCAUUCUUUCCUCCAGAGGCCGUACUUUGACGCCAAGUUCAACAAGAACGUCUACUCGGACAUUCCGCCGCAGGUGCCCGUACGGCCCAUCUCGUACACGCCCAGCAUCCCCAGCGACUCGCGCAACAACCUGGACCGCAACUCCUUCGAGGGCUCGGCCAUCCCCGAGCACCCCGAGUUCAGCACCUUCAACCCGGACGCCGCGCACGGCCACCGCAAGACGGUGGCCGUGUGCAGCGUGGCGCCAAAUCUGCCGCCUCCGCCGCCUUCCAACUCGGUGUCGGACAGCGACUCCAUACAGAAGCCAAGCUGGGACUACGACUAUGAUGCCAAAGUUGUGGACUUGGACUGCGUGACCAAGAAACCCGUAGAGGAGAGCGCAUGUCACCCUUUCAACACCAGGGGCAGCAUGUCGGAAGUCCAGUCGCUCAGCUCCUUCCAAUCCGAGUCGUGCGACGACAACGCCUCCAUAGUGACUGUCAUCCACUUUGUCAACUCUGUGCUUGACACGGUGGAAGGAGAAGAGUCUUUUUUGGCUCGUGAGCUCAAGAACACAAGAGGAUACCACUGGGACACGUCCGACUGGAUGCCGAGCGUCCAGCUGCCGGGCAUCAAGGAAUUCCCGCAGUUCGAGCUGGUGGAAUCACCUCCCACCACAUUGUAUAGCGACUCAAGCGCCAUGGACACCGAUUACUACCCGGGGGGCUACGACAUCGAGAGCGACUUCCCUCCGCCGCCCGACGACUUCCCGUCCGGCGACGAGCUGCCGCCGCCGCCACCGCCCGAGUACGGCGACACGCUGCGGUCCAGCGCCACCGAGGGCACCCGCCGCCGUCCCGCCCUGCCGGAACUGUACAGCCUCGGUCAGUACUUGAGCCCCCGGGGGGACGGCGACGCCGCCCCGCCAUCCUCCACCACGGCCACCGUCGGCUUCCCUCCAGGUCGGGACUUUGACGACAUGUCGCUGUCGCUGUACGCGUCCACCGCCUCCUGCUCGGACAUGUCGGCGUGCUGCGAGGAGUCCGAGGCCAUGAUCAGCGACUACGAGAGCGGUGACGACAGCCAUUUUGAGCGGCUGUCCAUCCCGCCGCUGGGCUCCCAGCAGCACACUGAAGUCUGACACUGGAUCCCCACAAAAAGUGCCUGAAGCAGCCCCACGAGCCCUCCUUAUUUUUAUUUUUUUUUUUGGUCCGCUUUUACACCUGGUACGAUCUGAAUCCACAAAGGGACUGAUGCAUACUUGCCAACCUGGUAUACCUUAUGUCACCCACUUAGGAUUGCCAAACGUUUCUCUGUAUUAGCGCCCAAUUUGUUUCCCCAGUGCCCGUGUCACAUAUCCCUCCGCCCAGCAAAGCAACAACAGCGGACUACAGCCUUUUUAAGAGUGUAUAAGUGAUCAAGUCAUCACAUAAAUCUCCAAAAAUCCAUAGAUACGCCGCACCGGACGACAAGUCGCAGGGUUCAAAACUAAGCAAAAAGUAGCGGCUUAUAGUCCGGAAAUUACGGUAUUUGUGACCAUCCAUUUUUUUUCCAGGAAAACUGAUAUUUUCUCUCAAUUUAGGUUUUGCAAACAUUUCAACAGUGUUAACACUGUUAGGAAGAAAAAGUCAAGUCACAGGAAAUGGACUUUCCGAUUCAACAGUUCAAGAUGGGAACAAAAAAGAAAACCUCCCCGACAAUAAUAAAGAAAAGUUCACAACAAUUUCUAUCAAUAGAACAUUUUCUACAAGUGGUGAUUUUCUGUGUAAAUGUCGAUGUACAGUUUUGAUUUCAAAGUAGAUUUUGUAGAUAUUUCAGUGCUUUUAUUUUGAAGAAACUGUGUGACAUGAUCGGCCUUACUGUGCUAACGUUCACGAAAAAAAGUUUGUCGUUAAAAGAAAAAAAAAAGGGUCUUCAGUGAACGACUGCAUUAUUCAUGUUUUUUUUUUUUUUUAAUGUUUGUUUGUACAUGUUGACGUUGGAAGCUCUUUUAUUUUUCCAUCAUGGAAACGGGACUCUGAUAUUUUUGGUCGUCAUGGAUACCGCCCGUGUAUGUGUAUGUAUGUGCGAGUGUGUGCGUGAGCAACGCAUCGGUCUUAUUAAGGUUUUUAUUGAAUUACUGCCACCAGCUCACGCUUUCCUACUGGCAAUAAAUUAUUCCUAAAAAAUACA